GCGGGGCCGGGGGCGGCGCGAGCGCGGGGGGCGUGGGGGCCGCCCGAGGGGCCGGGCUGGGCUGACAACUUCUCGGGGCGCGCGCGGGGCGGCCGGGCCGGGGGGAGCCGCCCGCUGCUGGGGUGCCCGGUCGGGGCGCCGGGCUCGGGCGCUAUAAAUAGCAGCUCCAGCUCCCGCUCGGCGCGCACCAGCCCAGCCGCGAACGCAGGAAAGUCGCGCGGAAAGUGUCUGUCGCCGCCGCCGCCCACUCCGCCCGGGAGAGAACCCAAAGAAAUGGUGUUACCCGGCCAGAGGACUUCUGUCUUUUAUGAGAAAUCAGACCGAGGAUCCAGUUCCCUCUGAGAGUGGUUUAGUCUAUAGGCGACUCCAUCAUUUACUCAGAGCUCUGAGUUCCACAAGGCAGCAAUCAAGGAGCAACGUUGUCUGAAGAACACAGCAGUAAAGCAGAACUUCAGAGUGGAUAUCAGAUCUUGAAUGUGAAGAUCCAUCUGAGUCUCACCAAGAGUCAUCGGCAGCGCAUUCGGGCACAAACGUGUGGAAGACUAAACUGAGAAGGUUAAUCAUGGAAAUCAAAGAGGAAGGCACCUCAGAAGAAGGCCAGCACUUCCUUCCUACCCCGCAAGCAAAUGAUCCAGUCGAGUUUCAGUUCACUAGUAUUCAGAAAACUCCAAAUGAACCUCAGUUGGAAUUCAUCCUUGCCUGCAAGGACCUGGUGGCUCCCGGGCGUGAUCGCAAGCUGAAUACGCUGGUGCAGACCUCGGUAAUCCACCCCGCCGAGCAGGGGCUCACCAGAUACUCCAGCACGGAAAUUGUAGAGGGAACAAGGGACCCGCUGUUUUUGACUGGUGUCACAUUCCCGUCGGAGUAUCCCAUCUAUGAAGAGACCCAGAUAAAGCUGACAGUGUAUGAUGUCAAGGAUAAGUCUCAUGACACUGUUCGAACCAGUGUCCUCCCUGAACAUAAGGAUCCCCCAGCAGAGGUUGGGCGAAGUUUCCUGGGCUGUGCCAGUUUUAAAGUGGGGGAACUGCUGAAGUCCAAGGAUCAACUUCUGGCUCUGAACCUCAGAACUUCAGAUGGUGGCAAGGUUGUUGGCACCAUAGAAGUCAGUGUCGUGAAGAUGGGGGAGAUUGAGGAUGGGGAAGCCGACCACAUCACGACAGAUGUGAAGGGACCAAAGUGCUCACUGGUGUGUGAAUGUACAGCUCCAGAAAGUAUGAAUGGAAAGGAUCACUUACCUUUUUUGAAUGCAGUGCUAAAGAACCCAGUGUGUAAGUUGUAUAGAUUCCCCACAUCUGACAAUAAGUGGAUGCGGAUUCGAGAGCAGAUGUCUGAGAGCAUCCUUUCUUUCCAUAUUCCUAAGGAAUUGAUCGCCCUUCACAUUAAAGAGGAUUCGUGUAGAAAUCAAGAGUUGAAAGAACUUGGUGAGCUUUCUCCACACUGGGAUAAUCUACGGAAAAAUGUCCUCACUCACUGUGAUCAGAUGGUGACCAUGUACCAGGACAUUCUGUCAGAACUGAGCAAAGAAACAGGGUCUUCUUUCAAAUCAAGCAGCAGCAAAGGAGAAAAAACAUUAGAAUUUGUUCCAGUCAAUCUACACCUGCAAAGAAUGCAAGUCCACAGCCCUCACUUGAAAGAUGCUCUCUACGAUGUGAUCACCGUGGGAGCGCCAGCUGCCCAUUUUCAGGGCUUUAAGAACGGGGGUCUUCGGAAGCUUCUCCACAGAUUUGAAACAGAAAGAAGAAAUACUGGAUAUCAGUUUAUUUACUAUUCACCUGAAAACACAGCCAAAGCAAAAGAAGUUCUCAGCAACAUCAAUCAACUACAACCCCUGAUAGCAACCCACGCAGACCUACUGCUUAAUUCUGCAAGCCAGCACUCACCAGACAGCCUGAAGAAUUCUUUAAAGAUGCUUUCAGAAAAAACAGAGCUUUUUGUACAUGCCUUCAAGGAUCAGCUGGUCAGAAGUGCUCUUUUAGCACUCUACACUGCCAGGCCGGGCGGGGUCCUAAAGAAACCCCCUUCUCCUAAGGACCUGACGGUGGAGAGUGACCCCCAGGAACUUCCCCCACCCGUGAAAAGGCAAGACUCCAUCCCGCACCACUCCGACUACGACGAGGAAGAGUGGGAUAGGGUGUGGGCCAAUGUGGGAAAGAGCCUGAACUGCAUUAUUGCUAUGGUGGACAAGCUAAUUGAAAACGAUGGCGGCCGUGACAGCAGCAGUGGCAAAGAUGGAGAGAAGGAUCCUUCCGCUGUGGAUGGCACUGCAGCUCAACCCAAGGAGGACUGGUACGAGCAGCUGUACCCGCUUACCCUGACCCUGAAGGACAGCAUGGCGGAGGUGGUGAACAGAGCCAAGCAGUCGCUGACGUUCGUGCUCCUGCAGGAGCUCGCCUACAGCCUGCCCCAGUGCCUCAUGCUCACCCUGAGGAGAGACAUCGUCUUCAGCCAGGCACUUGCUGGAUUGGUUUGUGGUUUUAUCAUCAAAUUACACACAAGUUUGCAUGACCCCAGCUUCCUCCAGCAGCUUUACACAGUGGGACUGCUAGUGCAGUAUGAAGGUCUGCUGAGCACUUACAGUGAUGAAAUAGGAAUGCUAGAAGACAUGGCUGUUGGCAUUUCUGACUUGAGGAAAGUCACAUUUAAAAUAAUCGAAGCCCAGUCCAAUGAUGUCUUACCCAUGGUAACGGGAAGGCGCGAACAUUAUGUGGUGGAGGUCAAGCUUCCAGCCCGCCUGUUUGAGUGUCUGCCUUUACAGAUUAAAGAAGGACAGCUGCUCCACGUGCACCCAGUUCUUUUUAACGUGGGGAUCAACGAACAGCAGACUCUUGCAGAGAGGUUUGGAGAUGUCUCUUUGCAGGAAACUAUUAACCAGGAGAACUUUGAGCUUCUGAAAAAAUAUUGCACAAUAUUUAUGGAAAAGAUGCCCCCUGAAUUCAUUUCACAUUUUCAAGAACAAAAUGAUCUAAAAGGAUUACUAGAAAAUCUCCACCAAAAUAUCCAAGCCAAAAAAAGAAAGAAUGUAGAAAUCAUGUGGCUGGCUGCAACGAUUUGUCGCAAGCUGAAUGGUAUCCGUUUCACCUCUUGUAAAAGUGCCAAAGACAGGACGUCCAUGUCGGUGACACUGGAACAGUGUUCCAUCUUGAGAGACGAGCAUCAGCUACACAAGGACUUCUUUGUCCGAGCACUGGAUUGUAUGAGAAGAGAAGGAUGCCGGAUAGAGAAUGUUCUGAAGAAUAUCCAAUGCAGAAAGUAUGCUUUCAACAUGCUGCAGCUGAUGGCUUUCCCCAAGUACUACCGACCUCCAGAGGGGACUUACGGAAAAGCUGACACCUAAGUCUCCAUCAUGUAAAUAAACAGGGACACAAACACGCUGCAGUUGAAUAAUCUCCUAACCUCCACCUUUCCUUUUAAAAAUUGUCAUACACUUCUGAAACGAGGCUAUUAGGGAUGUUUUCCACUCCCCACAUAGGAAUCACUGAAUUAGCAGGACACUCCUCUGAAAAUAGCCCUUUUUUCAAACUCCCCAGAUUGUGUUUUGAGUACUUUACUUCUCUGUAUUCAUCUUCAGCGGCUGAGAGCAACUCAGAGUGUGCAUUUCAUUCCAAGGGGCCUUUCUGUGACAUUUUGGGAAAAUAGCCCUACUAUGACACAGGAUGCAUAGCAUGGCAUUCGUAGCUCCCCAGGGCAAGUGCAGGAGAGUGCCAAGGUCAGACAGGUAACCCCGACCUCUCUGGUGGCAUUUUACAUUUAUGGCUCUAGGGAGCAGAAGUUUGGACUCUGACCAUGAAAGCCACUUCCGAUGUGUUUCUAAGGACUUGGAGCCUUCGGUCAAGACGGGGCAGGCAGAGGAACCAACCAGGCUGGUUGUGUGGUGUCUGUGUUUUUCAGAAACUUGGUAUCUUCUCCAAACUUAGGCCCAGGGUUAGAGGGCCCAGCUCUGCAAGUUGCCCUGCAAACAGCUCAAUAGUGCAGAAGGCAAGAUGUGAGAAGAAUGGAGCAGUCAGGAAGUUCAAGGUGAACAACUCAUUCAUCCCAAAUGAAAGUCUACAUCAGCCUGCACUUGAUGUAGUCCAGCUCAUGAAAGGCAGUUCCUACCUUUACGGCGUUCUCCCGAAAGUCACUGGGGGAGGGGCAAAACAGACCUAAUUAAUGUCAGUUUGUCUGUCUGACAUAGAGAGAUUUCAGUACAGGUGGGUGAACCUCUCAAAACGCGUACUGCCAGAGUUCAGGACAAACUUGAGUGAUCAUUCCAGUUGACCUGAAUUUUAUAUUUGCCUUCACUCAGUCAAAUAAUACUUAUGUCCUCCAUAUUCAAAACUGCUAUGGAAAUGACCUCAUGUAGCAUCAUUCUAAAUGAGUCCGUUGGGAAGGAAUGCUGUAUCCUCACCUGGCUGGAUAAUUUCAGAGUCACAAUGAUCCCAGUCUCUUUUAACCUUUCAGCCUUUGCCUCGCCUCGUCUUCAAAUGGUCAUGGUAGAGCUGGCUGAGAGGUUCAGCCUUGCAGGUGUGAGGUCCCAGGUUCAAUCCCUGCCAUGACAAAAAGCAAGCCAGAAAAGGAAAAGCCUAACUGCUGUAUUCGGUUGGUGUGAAAUGUGAGGACAGGGCCUGUUAGCUGAGUAGAAACUGGUGAUUUAUCACCAGAAUUGAAGCUUAGACGAGAAAGGCUUGUGUAAUUAAAGCAGUUUUGCUCCAAAUAUUAAUAAUUUUUAAGAAGUUCUCCUUUCCACGCUCUGAAAAGGCAAACCGUCUGGAAGUCUGUGUUCCAGGGUGGGCAUCUCCCUCAUAAAUGCCAGGGGCAUUUGCAGAAUGAGCACCUUCAGGGAUGGUUUGCUGGGACUUGCCACAGCUAAUGUGGUAACUUCUUGGCAGGAUGACUUUUGAGAUAAGGGUUCUGGACAAAACUCAGGACUCGUGGGGAUUUUCAAAUUACUAAAUCUCAGAGGUGUCUCUUUGGGACUGUUAGUACUAGCAUCAUCUAUCAUUAUAAUUAAUGGCCGGUGGACAUUAUACUUGAGACGGACGCCAAACCAUCCACAAGCCUUUGCUUGCAAAGAUGCUAUGUGUGGAAGGAUCUAUUUGCAGAUAGCCUCAUCGUGGUAUUCUCUUUUGUACCACCUUAUCCAUUUCAAUAUAAUCUGCGAGUUGCUUAGUUUCAUUGGAAAUGGCAGGGUUUGUGACUAUUUUCAUUGUAACCGGAUGUAAGAUAAAGAGGUUGGUACAACUGAGAUGUCCUUGAAUAACCAUGAAGCCUAAUUCAGUGUGUUGAACAGUAUUCUGAACUCCAAGAGACCAAAAGAACUGAUUCUCCAGUAAACACUCUCCCAAAACCUAAGUUUUUAAAAUGAAACCUUUUGACUCAAAUAUGGAAAAAGCAUUCAUUCACUAGAAAGCCAACAGGGUUUUAUUUAUUAUUUUUUCCUAAAAAAGUACUUAAAUAAAUACUUACAUAUUGAAAGUUCCAAAGAAUAGCACUGUAAUAUGAUUGCAUGCAGACAUGCACAUUAGUAUUUAUUAGCGUAUCAAAAACAUCUCCUGUAGCAAACCUAUUUUUGUGCAUUCUUUUUUUUAUGGGCCACAUCCUGCCAUUCUUGGGGGCCCGGAGCCACCCUUGGUGAUACUCAGCCCAGUAGUGCUAAUGGGCUUACCAAGAUCACCUCAGCAGUAUAUAAAAACUAGGAAGAAAAGUCAGUUUAACUGGCACAUCACUGAAAACAUGCUUAGUGACCCAUUUUUAAGUUUAUGAUUGUUUGCGUUUGCUACAUGCUGGAAAGAAAUAUAGCAGUGUCCAGAUCCUAAUAAAUAUAACUCAGUUGGAACCUGUUUGAUUAAACAAAUUAAUUUGUUUGAUUAAACAAAUUAAGGCAGUCAGCUAACUCAUCACAGAUGUUUUAGGCAGUUGAUUUCCGAGCAGGCAAUCUAUCACUUGCUUAGUUUAAUAGACAGACCACCUUUUGUAAUCUUUUAGGGAACAAACGAACUUUUAUCACAGGUUUAGGAAACUGCUAAGAAAAAUUUCUCUCAGCGGAUCCUGAGGGAAACAAACUUAUUGAAAUAAGAUAUCAGUAGCUGGGGGUG